AACAACAUGGCUGCACCCUGCUGCACGAGCUGAUAACUGAGUUGUUUUCUAAAUAGUUUUCACCUUUGCAGCUAUGUUAAUUUUACUUUCAAUGAUUUCCCUUUUCGCGGGUUUCGCGUCUCCCUCGGACAUUAAAGACCCGGAAGAUGUCCAGAGUUCCGAACUGAACUGUUUGAUGUGGGUUUGGACCAAAAGGCUGUACGUUUAUUCAGCUGCUGCGCUGCUGUUUGGAGCCUGGUUUUUACUGCAGGUGGUUCACAAGAGAUGCGUCAGUAAGUCGAUCUGCGUCUUCCUCGUGGCCACCUACACCGACGGACGGCCCACAGACAACGCAGAGUGGUUCUGCAAGUGGCUGGAAGAGGCGUCCACCGACUUCAGAUACGGGAAGAGCUUCCUGGAAGGCCUCAGAUACGCCGUGUUCGGCCUGGGGGACUCCGUCUACGUGGGCCACUACAACACGGUGGGAACUAACGUGGACAAGUGGCUGUGGAUGCUGAGCGCCAGGCGCAUCAUGACCAGGACGCAGGGCGACUGCAACGUGGUGAGAAGUCGCCACGGCAGCGUCCAGGCCGACUUCCAGGCCUGGAAGGUGCGCUUCCUGAGCCGCCUCCAGGCUCUGGCGAGAGGAGAGAAGAAGAGCUGCGGCGGGAAAUGCAAGAAGGGAGGAUCCUGUGAGAAGAAGAAGAAACGCCAGGAGGAGGAGGAGAAAGCUUCGUCACAGAACGACUCAGAGGUGGAUUUGAUUGACACGAGCAGCGAUGAAGACGAGCCUGGCUCUGUGGAUGAGAGGAAAUCUGGUUCGGUGGUGGAUGUGGAGGAUCUGGGCGACAUCAUGAGCAGCGUCAAGAAGGCGAAGGCUCUUCUGCUGGUGGCUGGCAAACAGCUUAAUGGAGCAGAACUGCCACCAGCUGGUAAGGUGGACGAGGAGGAAGAGGAGGGUCAGACGGUGAAGCUGUCCAAAUUGAAUGGAGUGAGGAAGACUGAGGAUGAGGAGGACAGGAGAGAGAUGAUCACUCCUGCUCUGAGAGAAGCUCUGACCAAACAAGACAUCACACCAACCCGGUGGGCACAGAGUGGCGCUGGAAGAUGGACCCUGCUGAGAAAAUCCUGCAGGAUUCUUUAGAGAAACACCAGCAUAUGAUACGACAGUUCAAAGGCGUCCCCGGAGUAAAACCCGAUCGGUACGAGGAAGGUUUGGAGGUGAGACACUGUGCCCUCUCCUUAGUGGGAGAGCCAAUCAUGUAUCCUGAAAUCAAUGCCUUUAUCCGCCUCCUCCACCGCCAUCACAUCUCCAGUUUCCUCGUCACCAACGCUCAAUUCCCAGAGGAAAUCAGGAGCCUGGUGCCAGUGACUCAGCUGUACGUCAGUGUGGACGCCAGCACCAAAGAUAGUCUGAAGAAGAUCGACCGACCACUUUUCAAGGACUUCUGGCCUCGUUUCCUCGACAGCCUCAGAGCUCUGGGAGAGAAGAGGCAGAGAACGGUGUACAGGCUGACGCUCGUGAAGGCCUGGAACGUGGAGGAGAUGCAGGCCUACUCUGAGCUGAUCGCUUUGGGUCAGCCGGACUUCAUCGAAGUGAAGGGUGUGACUUACUGCGGGGAGAGCUCUGCCAGCAGCCUGACCAUGGCCAACGUUCCCUGGCACCAGGAGGUGGUCGCCUUCGUCCAGCAGCUGGCCGACAUGCUGCCUCAGUACGAGAUGGCCUGCGAGCACGAGCACUCCAACUGUCUGCUCAUCGCACACACCAAGUUCAGGGUGAACGGUGAGUGGUGGACCUGGAUCGACUACGAGCGGUUCCAGGAGCUGGUUCRGGCCCACGAGGACAGCGGGGGGCAGCGGAGCUUCUCAGCUCUGGACUACAUGGCCAAGACCCCCGGCUGGGCUCUGUUCGGGGCUCAGGAGCAGGGCUUCGACCCUGAAGACACGCGCUUCCAGCGACGCAACAAAACYAAAGACAUGUCAGGCUGCUGAAGGGUCGACACCAGGAAAAACACCUGGUUUCAUUUUUUAUGAAAAGUCUCUUUGUUCCGUUUUUAAGGAUUUUCUUUGAUUCUUUCUCAGGAUUGGGUUUUAAGUUUUCCUAUAUUUUCAGCUUCUGUAAAAUAAAAAAAAGAGCUACAUUUAGAAACAUUAAACAUAUUAUGGUGUCYUGAUCUAAACUAGUGAAUGGUGAAAGAAAAAAAGUUUAGGUUGAACAUAUUUAGACAAUUUCAGGCCUUUAAAUUCACCACUCAUCAGCUUUAAAUUUGAUUAAAUACUAAUAAAUAUAUAAAAUAUGAAUAUUAAAGUACACAGGAGGAGCAGAAUUGAAAAUUAAUCCCAUUCAUUGUAAGCGUUAUGUGCCAUGUCAUUAAAAUAUCUUUAUUAUUUUAGUAAAUCUUAUUUCUGUUUGUUUCUAAAUGAAUAAAUUGUGAAUAUUUUCAUUAGUUUUAGAAGAACAGUGUCAUCCUGUUGGACAGAAAACUGCUGUGGAUGUUUUUCACUGUAAUAAAUUUAUUUGAAUAGUU